CAGAGUGGCCGUGGCCGUGGGGCAGACCAGCCCGGGAGCCAGAUGAGCAGAGAGGUCUGUGUGCACUCCUGGCCUUGCUCCUACUACUUAGAACCGGAGAAGCGAUGGGUUCCUGGAAAGCUUUCAUUAAGUUCUCACUCCCUGAGAUUUACAACUGAUAAAACCGGGGAGGCCCUGGUCAGCUUCCCCCUGUCUAGUGUGAUUGAGAUCAAGAAGGAGGCUUCUCACUUUGUCUUCAGUUCUAUCACCGUCCUGGAGAAGAACCACCUCAAGCACUGGUUCAGCUCCUUGCAGCCCAGUCAGAGUGCAGUCUUCACCAUCAUUGAGCAUUUGUGGAGAGAGCUACUGCUGUCUCCAUCGGAAGCACCGCUCCCUGUGACGAAGGGGAAGCAGCUGACUGGUCUGAUGGCCUGUUCCCAGAAGUGCCUGGAAGAGACAGCCUGAGUCCUCCACCAUCAGAGCGAGCAGCUGGACAGCAUCACCAAGGGCCUGGACAAGAUGGAAUCUGACCUGGACGUGGCUGACAGGUUGCUGACGGAGCUGGAGUCCCCUUCUUGGUGGCCCUUUAGCUCCAAGCUUUGGAAGAUGCCAGCAGAAACAAAGUCCAAGGGGGGCACCUCAACGGCUAGUCCCAAAGCUCUUGGAAAAGAAGGGGUAGUGGUCCGAAUUCCUGCUGUUAUCUCCCAGGGAACAGCAUCUCAUGUUAAAGCAGGAAGUGUUACCAUCCUCGUGUCUGGGUUGGAAAUCCAUGACUCGAGUUCUUUGCUCAUGCACAGAUUUGAAAGAGAAGAUAUAGACGACAUUGUGGUUCACACACCUUAUGAAAUUAGCAUCCUCCAACGGUUCAUCGGGAAGCCAGACAUAGCUUAUCACCUGAUAUCCGCCAAGAUGCCCGAGGCUGUCCCAAUUUUGGAAGUGCAGUUCAGCAAGAAGAUGGAGUUGUUAGAAGGCGGCUUGACACCCGGAAGUGCCAGCACGUCUUCCCCAGCAGAGAAGGGCUGCUAUGUCUGGCAG